GCCCGUCCUGGCCCCGCCCCCGCCCGUGCGCUCUGGCAGCCUGGGGAGGCGUGUGCUCCUCCUGCAGCUAGCAAGAGAGCUAGACUGGGAUGGAUACUGUAGAAGGAAUCCAGGCUUAACAAGUGAUCGCUGCUGUCUAGGAUUUUGAGUCUUUUUUCUGGAGAACCUUGACUUCCGUUCCCAGCCCAGGUCGGCUGUUUCGAACUCCAGAGGAACCAGAAAUCUCCGGGGUCUACUGGGGCGUCCCCAAUCUCUAGCAUUGGGCUCCAGUAACGAGGACUCUGUGACACCCCCCACCCCCACCCCCCGGCCAAGGCGACAGAACUUGUUCCGUGGAUAUUUGGGAUCCUCCACCUGCCAAACCGGAGUGAUUUCUUGUACUGCGCCCCCACCUCCAAUGAUUCUGCCCCUCCUCCAGCUGUUGCAGUUUGAGGGGAGAAAACAAAUCUCCGGGGGCAUUUUUCUCUAUUUUUAUUUUUCGCACUUGCUGGGAACGGUGAAGUGCUUCUUCUGAAUGAUUCUAGCCAAAGGAUGCUGCUCACUUCCUGAUUCCUAUGGAGACCUCAGUGUUGAGACUGCCUCCGCUGGAACCUCGUCUUCCACCUUCUGUGCUUUCCAAGGUCUUUGCCUUUCUCUACAACUUGGCAUUGUCUGUGGGUCCAUGAAGCCUUUGAUGACCUUAGAGGGAGAGCCUGGGAGAUCGUCUUCAUAGAAUGAGCAGCAAUGGCUGGGCAUAUUUUAAGCUGCAUUUUAACAUGGGUCAAGCCAUCACUAGAAGGCGAGUGCUAAGACUAAAGACUUAAUUUGCAUUUUAUUUAAAUUGGAUGGCCUGGGCUUUGGACAAUUUCCACACAGGAAAAAAAAAUUACUUCGUUUCCUAGGCACAACUUCUGGCUGUCAGAUACUUGCUGCCUUUGAGUCUUGUAGCAUCAUCACCGACCACAUCCCAGACAUACUUCCAGAUUUGAGCAUCUACCCCCCAAAACGUAGGUGUUUGGGAGACUGCAUUGCUUCAUGACUUAUGUUUGAGGAGCACUAGGCUGUUGUCUAGACUAGUCAAGCUCUGGAAAGCAAUGCUGAAUCUCUGAGAAGAGGGAGCAUGAAGUGUGCUGAUUUAAAAACAGAAAAUGCAAAGUUGGACUGAAAAUAUCCCAAGUCUUCUAAGCAAUCUGCUUAAGGCUUCCAAACUUACCUUAAUUUGGUAAGAAAAUAAGCUGCCCUAUUUUUCUUUCUUCUUCUCUUACAACUGGAACCAGCCAUUUCCAAAAACCACCACCAUGGAGGUUGCCAUGGUGAGUGCCGAGAGCUCAGGGUGCAACAGUCAUAUGCCUUAUGGUUAUGCAGCCCAGGCAAGGGCACGAGAGCGGGAGAGACUUGCUCACUCCAGGGCAGCUGCGGCUGCUGCCGUUGCAGCUGCCACAGCUGCUGUCGAAGGCACUGGGGGUUCUGGUGGCGGGCCCCACCAUCACCACCAGACACGUGGGGCCUACUCCUCCCAUGAUCCUCAAGGUAGCAGAGGUAGUCGAAGGAGGAGGCGUCAGCGAAGUGAGAAGAAGAAACUCCAUCACCGGCAGAGCAGUUUUCCUCAUUGCUCAGACCUGAUGCCCAGUGGCUCCGAAGAGAAGAUACUGAGAGAGCUGAGCGAGGAAGAGGAAGAGGAGGAGGAGGAUGAGGAGGAGGAAGAGGAGGGAAGGUUUUACUAUGGUGAGGAAGACCAUGGGGAUGGGUGUUCAUACACAGACUUGCUACCACAGGAUGACGGGGGUGGUGGUGGCGGCUACAGUUCAGUCCGCUACAGUGACUGCUGUGAGCGCGUGGUGAUAAAUGUGUCCGGUCUACGCUUUGAAACGCAAAUGAAAACUUUGGCCCAGUUUCCAGAAACUCUGUUGGGGGACCCUGAGAAGAGGACUCAGUACUUCGACCCUUUGCGCAAUGAGUACUUUUUUGAUAGGAACCGACCAAGCUUUGAUGCCAUUUUAUAUUAUUACCAGUCAGGAGGCCGCCUGAAGAGACCCGUUAAUGUUCCUUUUGAUAUCUUCACCGAGGAGGUGAAGUUCUAUCAAUUAGGGGAAGAAGCCCUGCUCAAGUUCCGGGAGGAUGAGGGCUUCGUGAGAGAAGAAGAGGACAGGGCUCUGCCAGAGAACGAAUUUAAAAAACAGAUUUGGCUUCUCUUUGAAUAUCCGGAGAGCUCCAGUCCAGCCAGAGGCAUAGCUAUCGUUUCCGUCCUGGUCAUCUUAAUCUCUAUUGUCAUAUUUUGCCUGGAAACCUUGCCCGAGUUCAGGGACGAUAGGGAUCUCAUCAUGGCCCUCAGUGCAGGUGGGCACAGCAGGCUAUUGAAUGACACGUCAGCACCCCACCUGGAGAACUCGGGGCACACAAUCUUCAACGACCCUUUCUUCAUCGUGGAGACCGUGUGUAUUGUGUGGUUUUCCUUUGAGUUUGUGGUUCGAUGCUUUGCUUGUCCCAGCCAAGCACUCUUCUUCAAAAACAUCAUGAACAUCAUAGAUAUUGUCUCCAUUUUGCCUUACUUCAUCACUCUGGGCACUGAUCUGGCUCAGCAGCAAGGGGGUGGCAAUGGCCAGCAACAGCAGGCCAUGUCCUUUGCCAUCCUCAGGAUCAUCCGUCUGGUCCGAGUAUUCCGGAUUUUCAAACUCUCUAGACACUCCAAAGGCUUGCAGAUCCUGGGCCACACCCUAAGAGCCAGCAUGCGGGAACUGGGCCUUCUUAUCUUUUUCCUCUUCAUCGGGGUCAUUCUCUUUUCCAGCGCAGUAUAUUUUGCAGAGGCGGAUGAACCCACGACCCAUUUCCAAAGCAUCCCAGAUGCGUUUUGGUGGGCUGUGGUAACCAUGACAACUGUGGGCUAUGGGGACAUGAAGCCCAUCACCGUGGGGGGAAAGAUUGUGGGGUCCCUGUGUGCCAUUGCUGGUGUCUUAACCAUUGCUCUGCCUGUGCCGGUGAUUGUGUCUAACUUUAACUAUUUCUACCACAGAGAGACUGAAAACGAAGAACAGACCCAGCUGACACAAAACGCAGUCAGUUGCCCAUACCUACCGUCUAAUUUGCUCAAGAAAUUUCGGAGCUCGACUUCUUCUUCCCUGGGGGACAAGUCAGAGUAUCUAGAAAUGGAAGAAGGGGUCAAGGAAUCUUUAUGUGGAAAGGAAGAGAAAUGUCAGGGGAAGGGGGAUGACAGCGAGACAGAUAAAAACAACUGUUCUAAUGCGAAGGCUGUGGAGACCGAUGUGUGAGUCGCUCUUUCCACCUGCCACUGCUCCCCCAUCUCCAGAUAUAUUCAUACAUAGAAAGUGCAGCGUUGAAAACAAAAUAUGCAAAUGAUUGCGCUGCAUACAGUAGUCCGCUGUUUAAUGGUAAUACAUGGCAUAAUCGUGACUAAACUUGUAUUGCAAAUCAAAUAAAUGAUACAUCUUGGAGAAGAGGGAGGCAUAAAUAGAGCAGAUCUAUCUUUAUAUUUUUAAUAGAAUGCAAGAAUUUUGCACAUAAUGGGAAAAAUGUUAAUAAUGAAGAUGGUCGUGAAGGGAGAGAGAGAGAGAGAGAGAGAGAGAGAGAGAGAGAGAGAGAGAGAGAGAGAGUGAGAG